CAGAAAUUGUGGAUAUCUGUCUGCUGGUACCCCUGACGACCCUUUUAUCAAAGAUACAAUAACGUCUUUGAGAACGCAUGGGGUUGAACAUGACGUCAUCAGUCACAAUGAACUCCAUCGUAAGUAUCCAAUGAUCAACGUUCCUACGGGGGCUAUCGGAGUUCUUGACCACAGCGGGGGGAUACUGAAGGCGAAUAAGGCGCUGUAUGCAUUCCAGGAAGUGUUUAAACGUCACGGGGGAACAAUAAACGACGGAGAACAGGUAUUUCAAAUAAUUCCUGGAGACAUUAUAACCGUAAAAACCUCCAAAUCGAGGUACCAGGCUCGUCACGUGAUAGUUACGGUUGGCCCAUGGGCACACAAGUUUUUGUCAUCUCUGGGUCUUCGUCUUCCACUGAAGGUGAUACGGAUCUCCGUGCAUUACUGGAAAGAGAAAUGGAGAGGUCAAUAUUCAAUGCAAAAGUUCCCAACCUUCAUGUAUGGAAAAGUAUACGCUAUGCCAUGCUUUGAAUAUCCGGGACACGUCAAGGCCUGUCUUCACGAUGGACCGGAGAUAGAUCCCGAUGACAGGGACGCAGUGAAUACAGAUGACGUCACUGAGACAGUCCGGAAGUACGUGUCUGAACACCUUCCGGGACUGGAAACGGCUCCCUCGGUGACCGAAACAUGCAUAUAUACGAUGACUCCAGACAGGCAGUUUAUAUUAGACAACCAUCCCAAGUGGAAAAACAUAAUCAUAGGAGCUGGAUUUUCUGGUCAUGGAUUUAAGCUGGCCCCCGUUAUUGGUAAAGUACUGACGGAACUUGUCCUCAACAAGAAACCCUCCUACGAUUUGUCACGAUGUCGGAUCCAAAGAUUUCUUCCUCCCAAACACCAGUUAUAGGACGAGAGCUAAAAAUCUACCUGCUGCCCAAUAUUAUUAACUUUAAUGAAUAAAAUUAUGCAUAUCAAAAAUCAACAUGUAUACGCACAGGUCACAUGCUAUCCACAGUUAUUGUGUUGAUUUGAUGACGCGAUCGUUAGUAUAGAAUUUUACAUUAAUAAAAAACAUAAAUUUAUCGGAUUGAAUGAAGAUGCCAAGUUUUUGAUUACUACA